AUGGCAGGCAUUCAAGAUCCCUUCGCACUUAGAUUUGAGAAUGAAGAAGACAGCGACCCUCAAGAAAAGCCUAUACAAAAGAAAGCUCAAGAAUCUGGAAAGCGUAAAAACAUAACCCCAGAGCCUCGACAAAAGAACGAGCCUACUGAUGACUCUCAGUCCUCAAGCAAAUCCAAGACAUAUGCUAAAUGAGGGUUACUUUUUGCGAAAUCAGAAAUUGCUUUAUAUGAUCUCAAGCAAGUCCUUUAUCGCCAAACACUUAUUGAGCUUGGGCUUAUGAUUUUAGCCUUACUUAUCCUUAUUGUUCACGUGAAAUUUAUGAUCAUUAUCCACAUUUUGCAUCUAGUUCGUCCUUAUUUUGCGUAUAAGCUGUUAAUCGCUAUGCCAAGAAGCCAUCAAUUUUAUGAGAAACUGCCUGAUGAUUUAUCAAAGAUUACUAAUGAUCUACAAGGAAAAGCAUACGAUGAGAUAAGAGAAAGUUCAAGGCAAAUAGCCAUAUAUCUUGCGAUUUCCGCUGCUGCAGGAGUGCUUGAUAUUAUUGCUUUGCUGAUUAAUUUUGAGAAAUUUUACAGUCAUGACACUCUUGCGGUAGUUUAUUUUGUGCUUUCUUUUCUUUUCAUAUGCACAGAUUUUUUCUUGCCAUUGUGGUACUGGACACUUCAAUUUACUUUUCCUAGUGAUGUUUGGCUUGAUUUGCUUUUAUUUGCAAAGGGAAGCUUGAAUGAAUCAAAGCUUUUGGUGAUGGGCAUACUUAGGAGAACUACUUAA